AUGCCAAUGGGAAACAGCUCACUGGUGACUGAAUUCAUGCUCACAGGAUUGACAGACCUUCCGCAGCUGCAGAUCGCCCUCUUCGCUUGCUUCUUGGCUGUCUAUGCCUUCACCCUGGUGGGGAACCUGGGCAUGAUUGUCUUAAUCAAGUCCAGCCCUCAACUCCACACUCCUAUGUACUUUUUCCUUAGCAACUUGUCUUUCUUGGACAUCUGCUAUUCAUCAUCUGUCACCCCAAAGUUCCUAAGUGAUCUCUUACGUGAGAAGAAGGUAAUUUCUUUUGCUCAUUGUUUUACUCAGCUUUAUUUUUAUGCUGCAUUUGCCACCACUGAGUGCUACCUCCUGGCUGUGAUGGCCUAUGACCGCUACAUAGCUAUCUGUAAACCUCUGCUCUAUUUUGCCAACAUGUCCCAAAGAAAGUGCAUCCAGCUAAUAGUGAUUUCCUAUGGCGCCGGGAUUGUAAAUGCCUUGGUGCACACAGUUGCUGCAUCUAGGCUAAACUUCUGUGGCCCAAAUAUAAUUAAUAAUUUUUACUGUGAGGGACCUCCACUUUUUGCUCUUUCCUGCUCAGACAUCAGUCUCAAUGAUACUUUGAUGUUUGUAUUUGUUGGCUUCAAUAUGAUGGCAACCAGUCUGACCAUUCUCACCUCCUACAGCUACAUUCUGAUUGCCCUUUUAAAGAUCCGUGCUGCCAAGAGCCGGCAGAAAGCCUUCUCCACGUGCACCUCCCACCUCAUGGCCAUCUCCAUUUUCUACGGAUGUGCUAGCUUCAUGUAUGCGCAGCGCAGCUCUAGGCAGAAUCACCACCUAGACAAAAUGGCCUCAGUGUUCUAUGUAGUGGUGAUCCCCAUGCUGAAUCCCUUGAUCUACAGUCUGAGGAACCAGGAGGUCAGGAGUGCCUUCAGGAAGAAACUCGGAAAAGUAGCUCUUCUUUGGCAUUUAUGA